AAUGAACCACAGUUAUUACAAUAAAUCCAACAGCAAUUUAACUCCUGGCAAAGCAAAGUCACAACAUGUAACUUAAAUUUAGUUGUAAGACAUUCAAUUUAAAUUAAGAAACAUUAGUAAAUAUAUUAGAGAUUCCUCUACUGAAAACAAUAAAAAAGGAGAUAAUAUGUUGAAUACAUUAAUCCAAUAGUCUUAAUAAGCAAUACAAUCAGCUAGAUAAUUUAGUAUUGAUAGACCUAUUAAGACAUCUCCUAUUGAAUCGUAUAUUUUCCCAUAAAAAUCAAAUAGAUCUCCACAUAUUCAAAAAAAAGUAAUCAGCACUUCUUAAAAUUUGUCUUCCUAAAUUAGAAAAAGCACAGAAUAACAACAAAGAAGCAGUGCAUAGUUUGAUAGACUACUUAAUGAAAAUACUUCAUUGUUGAUGCGAAUCUAAGAAUUAGAACAAAAAGUAAGAAAUUGAUGUUAACAAGUGAGAAUUAAUUAUUAUAAAUGAAAUGUUAGUGCAACAAUUAGAACAAUAAAAGAUCAUAAGAAAAUGUACUCAAAAUAACAAAUUAAAAUAAAGGUGAUAUAGAUGAAUUCUUACAAUCACAUCAUUGUAAUGAAAAUGAAAAUAGAAUAUUAAAAGAAUUAAUAAAUAGGUAAUCCUCUAUUAUGCAUAUCCCAUCAGUCAUUUAAACACUUUCACUUAUUAAAUGA